AUGGAAGCAUUCAUUCAUUCACUUGAUGUCAGAAUGUGGGAGGUAGUUUCUAACAAGUAUACUGUAUCGUUUGCUAUACCUACUAAUGCAGAUGAGAAGACCAAAUAUGAACUGGAUAAAAGGGCACGCUUUGCAAUACUAUGUGGGUUAUCAAAAGAAGUAUUUGUUAAAGUAAUGUACUUCAAAUCAGCAAAUGAGGUAUGGACAAAUCUUGAAUCCAUUUAUCAAGGUGAUGAAAAGGUUAAAGAAUCUAAAUUGAUUACAUUAAAAAAUCAGUUUGAUGCUUUGAAGAUGAAUAAUGAUGAAACAGUAGCAAGCUAUUUUCUUCGUAUUGAUGAAAUUGUAAAUGCCCGAAAGGGCCUUGGUGAGGAAAUUGAUGAACAUGAUGUGGUUGCCAAAGUAGUUAGAACGUUAUUACCAAAAUUUGAAACUAAAAUAUCUGCUCUUGAAGAAAAGAAACAUUUUUCUCAAAUGACCAUGCAUAAGCUUCAAAGUAUACUUAUUGCCUAUGAAAUGAGAAUUGGUAAUACCCUUUCUACCUCUAAGGAAACAACUUUUAAAGUUGAGAAACAGGAAGAUAGUGAAUCUGAGUUAUCUGAUGUUUUUGAAGCUUUAUUGGUUAGGAAACUCAAGAAAAAGUUUCAAGGAAAAUUUAAAUGUUUUGGUUGUGGUAAAAUUGGACAUUUUGCAGCGAAAUGUCCAUAUCUAGAUCUAAGUAAAGAUGAAGACAAAUAUGAAAAAUCAUUUAAGAAACCCUGGAAUCCUAACAAAAGGUUGAACAACUUUAAAAAGAAGAAUCUUAUGACAAAAGAAGACUCUGAAGAUGAAUCAGAUGAGUCAAAUGAAGAUGUAGAUCUUGAAGAAGAGCUUCUUUGUGCUCUUCAAGAGGUUAAAAGACUUAAGAAAUUUGUAACUGCUUAUGACGAUUCAAAUAAGAUUUUACAACUUGAUCUAGUUAAUGCUAACAAGGUCAUUGAAACUCAGAAAAGGCUUAUUGAAGACAAAGAACAAGAAAUUAGUAAGUUGCAAAAACAAGUAUAUACUCUUGAAAAUCAAAAACAUUUUGAAGUUACUACUGAAAAGGGUGAAACUUCACAUCAAAAUUUUGUAGCAGCAAAUAGAAAUCAGUUUCCUAAUAACAGGUUUUUUCAUGGCUAUUGUCAUUUUUGCAAUCUGUUUGGGCAUAAAGUAAACACUUGCAGAUUUACUAAAACUCCUACUUUUGGUCAUAAACAAUUUUUUGGUGCUAUCAGAAACAUAAGAUGCUUUACAUGUUUUCAAUAUGGCCACACUUCAAAUUACUGCAAAAUGCUACAAAGACCUGCAAAAGUGUGGAGACCAAAACUUGAACAAUCUAUGCUUGUUCAAACAACCCUGAUAUCCACUAAAUCUGCCAUUUGGGUUUUGGACAUCGGAUGUUCCCAUCAUAUGAUAGGGGACAAAAACAAAUUUUCUAUUUUGGAAAAUCAUCCAGGGGGUUUUGUUAAAUUUGGUGAUAACACAGGUCUAUACAUUACUGGAACAGGAACAGUUAUGAUAAACAAAGACACGCCUAUUAAUGAUGUCUACUAUGUGGAAGGAUUAAAAUAUAACUUGCUAAGCAUUAGUCAGAUUUGUGAUAGUGGACAUCAAGUUGUGUUUAACUCUUACAGUUGUGUUAUUAAGAAAAAGUCAGGGAAAAUAAUAGCUAAUGGUUUGAGGACACCUGAUAAGGGAGGUGAAUUUACUUCUCAAGAUUUUAUUGAAUAUUGUGAAAAACAUGGUAUCAAAAGACAAUAUUCUGCUACUCGUACACCUCAACAGAAUGGGGUGGUAGAAAGAAAAAAUAGAACUGUAAAAGAAAUGGCAAGAACUAUGCUUAAUGAAUCUAAUCUGUCUCAUAAAUAUUGGAAAGAAGCUGUUCACACAACUGUGUAUAUACUAAAUAGGGUUCAAAUUAGAAUAAGGACUGCAUGUACUCCGUAUGAACUCUGGCAUGGAAAAACAACAUCUGUUAAGCACUUAAGAAUUUUUAGAUGCAAGUGCUACAUUAAAAAUGAUUCUGAUUAUCUGGAUAGCUUUCAGUCAAAAUCUGAUGAGGAAUCUUUCUCGGUUAUUCUUCAAAUAGCAAAGCUUAUAAGUGUUUCAACAAACGCCUAA